UUCAGUCACCGAGGAGCGAGCAAAGUCUUGCAGCUUCCUGCGAGUUCUUGUUAUUUCCUAUUAUUAGUUUUUUUUUGUAUUGUUUUAGUUAAAUUAAUUAUUUCAAAUGAUAGCCUGAAACAGUAAGACUCCCAUGCUCUACAUGGUCUGAUCACACAGAUGCGUGCAGUCGUGCACAGGCAGUAACAUAUUUUUGGCAUUGUUUUCUUCGGAGACCCAGGACUGCAACCGCUACAGACAAAAGUUCGUCCUUGUGAGGCUUCUCUGCGCAAAUUUCCUGAAUCUUCUGUGGUUUGUUAUUUAUAGGAUCCUAGAGGAACGAAUUAUUUUAUAUCCUAGAUUUUUUGUAUUUGUCUGCAACAUUGUGAACAUCGUGCUCGACGUGUAAAGAGGACUGUGCAGUUACUAAUUGGGAUCAGUAUGUCACUGUCUAAAGGCACCGGGAAAGUGAAGAACAAACCCAAGCUCAAAAUUUCAGAUGAAGUCUUCAAACAGAAGGAGCCCAGCCCUACACCACCUCGAAACCUGGAUUCCAGAACCUUUAUUACUAUUGGAGACAAAAACUUUGAAGUGCAGGCGGACGACUUAGUGUCGAUCUCUGAGCUGGGACGAGGGGCCUAUGGCGUAGUGGAGAGAGUUCGGCAUGCACAGAGCGGGACGAUAAUGGCUGUUAAAAGAAUCCGAGCAACAGUAAACAGCCAGGAACAGAAGAGGCUGCUGAUGGACCUGGAUAUCUCCAUGCGGACAGUCGAUUGUCCCUACACAGUCACAUUUUAUGGAGCUCUUUUCCGAGAGGGUGACGUGUGGAUUUGCAUGGAAUUGAUGGACACCUCACUUGAUAAAUUCUACAAGAAGGUGAUCGAAAAAGGAAAGAAGAUACCAGAAGAUAUUCUAGGAAAAAUGUCUGUAUCUAUUGUCAAAGCAUUAGAGCAUUUGCACAGCAAGCUGUCAGUGAUUCACAGAGAUGUAAAGCCUUCAAAUGUCCUCAUUAACAACGAAGGCCACGUGAAGAUGUGUGAUUUUGGGAUCAGCGGGUACCUGGUAGAUUCUGUUGCAAAGACCAUGGAUGCUGGCUGCAAACCCUACAUGGCUCCCGAAAGGAUAAAUCCAGAACUUAAUCAGAAGGGAUACAAUGUCAAAUCUGACGUCUGGAGUCUGGGAAUCACACUGAUUGAGCUAGCGAUUCUUCGGUUUCCCUACGAGUCCUGGGGGACCCCGUUCCAGCAGCUGAAGCAGGUGGUGGAAGAGCCUUCCCCGCAGCUCCCAGCGGACCGCUUCUCCAAGGACUUUGUGGAUUUCACUGCUCAGUGUUUAAAAAAGAAUUCUAUAGAAAGAAUGAACUACCUUGAGCUUAUGGAGCACCCCUUCUUCAAACUACAUGACACCAAGGAAACAGACGUAGCCUCCUUUGUGAAAGAGAUCUUAGCUGAAGACCAGAACUGACCUCUUCUCUCCUGCUCUCUUUUGUAAUCUCCAGAUCGUCAUGAAAGGAAUACAUCGUGUCAGUUGGGCCUUAUGGUGGUUUAAUCCUACAUAAUUUGCAGUAUUGUAAAGUUACAUUUUGUGUAUAUUAUAAAGAAAUAAAAUCUAUUCAAAUGUCAAGCGUAACCACCAUGGGGAUUUUUUAAAUAGUGUUAAUAGUGCACGGUAUAAAAAUGAAACAAACUGUGCAAUAUUUAAUUCAUUUCUUUUGGUUUUGUUUUUAUUUAGAACUAUUAUUUUGUUUUAUAAUUUUAGCACCCAUAUUUCAAUACUGAAAACCACCAUAAGAAUUGAAGCAGUCUUGCUACAGUCAUAUCUGCACUGUAUAUAUUGCAGUAAUGUAUAAAAAGACACAUGAAUAUAGUGUGAGGGUGUUCUAAAUGUUUUAUUUAUCUUUGGUUGCAUGGUUGCAAUAAACUUGACAUCUGCGAAAGCCA